GCAGCAUCUUUAAAUGCAUUCGGCGCGAGCACAACCUGUCGAUGCGUACCGGAGAGCGCCCUCGUCUUGUGGCGUCUCACGAUGGAGAGAAGGAUGAAGACCGCGCUGAGGCGGUGAAGUCACCGGAAUCGGACGCAUUCUAUUCGAACGCAGCCAGUAGCCCGGUCCCUCCCAGGGUCCAGCUGAUAUAG